CUUUUUUCUGCUUGAAAAUACAUGGAAUUGAUCCAUCAAUUUCACUAUUUUGAUCGGUUGGGAAAUCUUAAUGAUUAUUCUCUACCUUAUGUUGCCUUUCCGUUUACUUUUAUAAGCAAUUUUGUUGAUUGAUACAACAAAAAGGAUAUAAGAGGUUUCCUCUGGCAUAUGCAAGCAACAGAAUAAGGAGGAAGCGUUAAUACCUAAUACUUGUAGAGAUUACAUAACUUUUCUUUGUCAAAAACAUGUGUCCUAUAUCAGUGAUCAAAUUUAUAACCAGUUAUAUGAAGUACCACACUGGAUUUUAUUUAUUAUCUAGAAAAGGCAUCAACCUUGAGUAAGAUGAGCACCUGAGCUGCUAAAUACUAAUUUAGCAUACCUCAUUCAGGGUGAUAGCCUUUCUCCUAUCUACAAAUUUAUUUUGCUGUUCUGGAGAUGUUCAGCUAUUGGUCUCCAUAUGAGAUCGGCCAUUAGGUGUGUUCAAGGAUGGUUCAUCAUCAUCAGAUCUUAUCUGUCAGAAAAGAAAGGAGCAUGUUCCAUUUUUAAGUUGCUAUAAAUUAUUACUUUCUCGUAGGAACUUCACCAGCUUUUUAUGCACAAGGCAUCCACUUGUCUGGUCACUUUUGAACCGUCUGAUGCAAUUUUUUACUUAAUCUACCACAGCAGAGGUUUUGGCAUUUAAUAUUUUUGGUUUUUUGGCACAUAAUAGUCAUUUAGGUGCAUUUUAAAUGCUAGUCUGAAUUUGUAAAGGGAGUAAAAUCCACCAAUAAUAAGGUACUCAGCAGUAACCAUGUCCCAAAAUUUUGGCUCUGCUUCAAAUUGAAUUCUUCAGCAUCCAUGGGUAGUAUGUACUUCAUGGACAGUUAGGAUUGCCAAUUAACGUAUCCUUCAUGUGUUGACUAUCUAAAGGUUUUGACUUUGCUAAUAGUUCAAUUCAUCAGCGUCUGAUAUUGACAAUGAAUCUGUACUUAGUAAAAUUUGAUAGCUAGCUAAACUUCAAUUAUAGUGGCAAGUAUCACAUCCUUUCAAGACAAUCUCUAAGGGACUUUUGUCCACCUUAUUACCUGCAUUUGCAACAUGUCUCCAGUACGAGGUGGGAGUUUAAAAUGUAGUUUUAGGGUGUUUCAUAUAUUGUCCAGCAGGAGGUCUGAUGAACUUUUACCAAAAGGAUGUUCUUUGCUAGUCAUUAUGUGUUUUAAGAUGUUGAUCCCAUUAUGCCAUAUGUUCUUCUAUAUGACCUUAUCUGUGAUAGGGUGGAAUCAGCUGAGUAGUUAGUGCUAGCAAGGAUGUCACGUGUCUUAUGGUGUAGGUUAUAAUUUGUUGGAUUACAGGGUGAGUUGAGGCAUCUAGAUUAGUGGUGUGAAAUCUCUUUAAAUGUUAGCAAGAAUUACCUAGUAUGAAUUAGAGACUCACUAGGUCUAAAAUAUGAAUUUUCUUUUUCUUUCCUUCCAUUUCUGGGAAUUGGGAGAGUUUGGCAUGCAGGAUAAGCUACUCAUUUAUGGUUGAGGAUAAUACAUCUAUAAAGAUCUGUAACUUAUGACACAGAACUAAUGUCAUUUUUGGUGAUGAGGAACAUAUAAUACUAAUCUGCAUAUUUUACUUUUCAUCAGAAAGAUGAUUGCUAAUUGAAAACUAUAUUAUACCCACGAUAUGAUCAUGCUGGGAUCAAUCUGUCCCAGAGUACCUUAAGAUUUGCAGCCAAGCAUAGGAGCAGCUGCUUGGGUGUGUAAGAUGUGCCUUAUAGGUUAUUGGCGGUCACCUGCCAAUUAUGUUAAAUUAAAGUUGGAGAAGGAGGCACUUGCUAAAGGCAUUACAAUAGGUCAAGCUCUUGACAUAGAAAUUCCACCUCCACGCCCUAAAAGAAAACCAAGCAACCCUUAUCCUCGAAAGACGGGUGCUGCCACCUCAGCACAGGUGGGAUCCAAGGAUGGAAAAUCUGAAAUGUCAAUAUCUUUGCGUUGCAAAAAAGUGUUGGACUUGGAGAAAGAACCACUUCCAGAGAGACCUAAGGGAGAUGAAAAGCCUAGAAAUCUGAAAGAAAAUCAAGAUGAGAGUUGCUCUGAGGGUUUUACCCUUCUCCACGAAGCAAAUUGCUCCUCUGUGUCUUCGGCAAACAAGAAUUCUAUAUCAUCAUCAGCACCAGUCAGAAACUCUUGCACUUUUAGGGAGUUUGUACCUUCGCUAAAAGAGACAAUUCAGGAUAAUGGUACAAAUAAAGCUUCAAACUUGGAGAAUUCUUGCAUGUCACAUGAUAAAUCAGCUCAAGGCCAGAAAAAGGAUUAUUUGGAUGGUGCUUUACAUACCGAUGAGAUGCAAGCCACUCAAAAUUAUCCUCGGCAUGUUGCUGUGCAUGUCUUAGAUGGAAGCCUGGGAACAUGUGCUCAGAAUCCUUCCCAGGAUACGCAUUUUCAGGAUUCUGUAUUUCAUCCUAUGGGCGAUGUUCAUGGACAACCUAACAUGUUUGCAAAUCCAGCUGCAUCUGCUACUACUGAACAUCAGAAUAAUGAACCAAGAUCUCCUCAUCAGGCAUUUCCAACUUUUCAUACUCCCUUUAUGCAUGUUCGCCCCAAUCAAGAGGACUAUCGAUCAUUUCUACACGUCUCCUCCAAUUUUUCCAGUCUCAUUGUGUCUACUUUGUUACAGAAUCCUGCAGCUCAUGCUGCAGCAAGCUUUGCGGCUACAUUUUGUCCAUAUGCAAAUGUUGAAAGUUCUGUUGAUUCUCCAGCAUGCAGCCAAGGAGGUUUUCCAUCUGGACAGAUGAACUCUGCUCCAAGUAUGGCUGCUAUUGCUGCUGCAACUGUAGCAGCUGCUACUGCAUGGUGGGCUGCCCAUGGACUUCUUCCUGUAUGUGCUCCUCUACACGCUGGCUUUAACUGUGCUCCUGCAUCCACUGCUGCAGAUCCUCCAAUGGAGAAUGGUCAAGCUCCAACUGCAAAGACAGAAAGAAAAGAUAAUACUGAUCAAGAUUUUUCCAUGCAGGACCAACAGCUGGACCCCGAAUACUCUGAAGGUUUGCAAGGUCAACAUUCAGCAUCUAGAUCACCUACUUCAUCAUCAUCAGACUGUGAAGAGAGUGGAGAUGCAAAAGUGAAUACUGAAGUGAAAGCUGACGAUGAUGAGAAGGCUGGUGCAGUAACUGAGCCUCAAGAUGCAAAUAAAACAAAGAACAGGAAACAAGUUGACCGGUCCUCGUGUGGUUCCAAUACACCUUCAAGUAGUGAGGUGGAGACAGAUAUGUUAGAAAAACAUGAAAAAGACAAUGAAGACUCAAAAGGAGCUGAUGCAAAUCAUCCACAAGCUGAGUGUAGUAAUCGUCGUAGUAGAAGCAUUAGCAACCUGAGUGACUCUUGGAAGGAAGUAUCCGAAGAGGGGCGACUGGCUUUUCAAGCCCUCUUCUCCAGAGACGUACUGCCACAAAGCUUUUCUCCUCCACAUGACGACAAGAAUAAGGCGCAGCAAAAGGAAAAUGUAGGGGAAGACGAGCGAAAUACAGAUGAGAAAGACAGAGAGGCAUCAACUUUAGACCUCAACAGCAAGGCAUGGGGAUCUUGUUCUGACCAUCAAGAAGUUGAGAAAAAUGCAUUGUCAAGAGGAGAGAGCAUUGUGGAAGAGAGCCUGCUAACAAUUGGACUAGGACAUGCAAAGCUUAAAGCCCGCCGAACAGGAUUCAAACCUUACAAAAGGUGUUCUGUGGAAGCCAUGGAAAACAGAGUGAUGAACACCGGCAGUCAAGGUGAAGAGAAAGGUCCUAAGAGGAUACGCUUGGGAGGGGAAGCUUCAACUUGACUUACACUAUUCCAUGCAAUUAACAAAGGAAAAUUUUGUUUAUUGCGUGUAUUUUGUAACCCCCCCCCCCCCCCCAAUAUCUUAUUUCCUUUCAUGUUUAAUCUUAAGGCUUGCAGCUCACGAGACUUUUCGUGUAGGUGUGUGUGUACUAUAUGUCAACGUUGACGUACCUGGACCAUGCCACUACGGUUAAAAAAACUCCUUUGAAAUAGAUAAGAAACAUUAAGUACUGAAUGGCCAUUGAUUUGGCCUCUUUUCUUCGAAGAUAUGCCCUUGUCUAUAUUAUUCUUCUAUCCCUUUGCUUAGUGAUCAAAUUCUGCAAAAGCUGAAACCUUUUUGAUGCAGUGAAACGGCUAAUUAAUAAGAAAGGGUUUGUUUGCCUUUCGGUUGCCAGGGGUACAGACUCGUUUAUGGAGACUUUUUAACUGCUUUUAGGCCUAUUUCUUUCAUUCUUCCAGCCUUAACUAUAGUUUUCUACUUUAGAUGUCAACUUUUCCUUGUUUUUUUAAGUCAAUAUCUAAAAUUUCAUUGUCAAAAAAAUGUUGAAUGGUGAGUGACAUUUUUCAAUAUGAUGAAGUAUGCCACCAGGUUUUCAUACCCCUUGUAGUUGCUGCUUGAGGAGGAUGAUUUGAUCUCCAAUUUAUUUCAGGUAUAUGGUUGUUUCCACUACAAUUUCAUUUCUGAAGACAACAGGGGUCACUGCGUUGAGCCUGCCAGAGAGCUGCGGGCAUGACUCAGAGCAGAUUCUAUCUAUCAACAUUUAAUAAUCGCUGUCAGGCUAGACAAAAUCCAUCAAGCAUGCUUCCGGAGAUCCAACAUUAACUGAAAGAACUCUAUCCAUGUAUAGUAAAUAAGACUGUACAGGUUAUAAUUUCUAUCCAGAUUUGCAGUCUAUCACGAGGAAGAAUACUAUUAUUUACAUGUAAUUCCUCCUCAACAUAGAUCAUUUUGCUCCAGACAGCUUUGGUAAUGUACUUUUUCUAUACAUUAGAUAUAUGUCCAAAUCUAUCCGUAUAAUGUCAUUACCAGACAAGUCUUUCUUUA